AAAAUCAGAUAUGUGACAGUUGCUUCCUAGUUUUAUUUUGUACAUAAUAAAUGUUCUACAUACAUAUAAUACUUUAAAAUUUUCAAUUUCAAAGCUUAUAGAUAAAAUUAGAAACUUCAUAUUGAAAUUCUCCUUAAAAUAAUAAGAACGUUCACUUGCUGAUAUUUACAGGAAAUACAUAUUUCGAAUACUGACGAAGAAUUAUAAAUCCUCUAUAAUUAACACAAUGUAGAAAAUAUUUAAAAGAGCAAGUGAUUUUAAAUGCAACCGCAUUUUAAUUUUCAAUAAAUACAUAUCCACGUAGUAUAAAAGAAUUCUUUUUUACAAUUGUUAAAAAAAAUUAUAUGAAUAAAGAAUUAUUUCUUAAUUCCCUAUUAAGUCAUUCCUUUAGAUACCUUCCAUAGUUAUUGAGGAUUAGAAAAAUUUUUUAAACAACAAAUUCAUGAGUACAGAACAAAAAUAAGUAGAUAGAAAAUAAUUACCUAAUAAAAAAUUUUUACAUAACAAAUUUUUGAUAUACUAUUGUAAUCGCGAACAAAACAUGUUCGCGAAUUCGAACAUAUUUCAAACCACGAGGAAGUGAUUAAUGAAAAUGUGACUUAAAAAAUUAGUACAAUUAAGAAAUAAUAUCUUGUGCAAAAAAUUUAGGCCUCAAAGGAUUAAAUUUUUAUAACAGAACUACGAACACAUUUCUUCUUUUUUGUCUUAUAUUCGAAUAAUUCUUAAAAAAGUUAGUCUUACAACUUUGCAACUUUGAUAAUACUUUGUCGAAAUGCUUUAUUUAGUGACAAAUAAACUAUCAUCAACAGUUAUAACAUUUUCUGAACAAGACACUAUAUAGAUUCUGGUUUUCCCAAAUAACUCAUAAAGAGUGAUUUACAAUUAAAAAUAAAGUUUUACGGCGAAUUACCGAAAGCAAAAUUCCGGUAGAAAUCAAUGUUUAUUGUUAGUACAGACAAAGUUCGAUAAGUUCAGGUUCGAUAUCUUUUAGGGGAUCUUUUAGAGUAAAUUAUAGCAUUUGAAAUUAUAGCUUGCUCCUCAAUUAUAAAAGAAAUUUUUUGUUUUUUAGUUUUUUUUUACUUCGUGAAUUUUUAUAAGGACUGAAAUAGUUUUUAUGAUAGAAGGAAGGGAACUGAAACGUAUCGAACUUUGGCAGUGUUUUUAAUUUUGAAGUUUAGGAGGAAAAUACAUCUAGAUUGAAAAAGAGCGACAUUUCGCAAAUUUGAUGUUAUGAAAGCGGACAAAUUGGAACUCGAUUAGCACUUUUAUUUAAUGUACCAAGUUCUUUCAACUUGUUAUUUUACAAUUAUUUUUUACAAUUUAAAAUUCAAAAUUCCCUUAAAGUUGAUCAAGAAAGGAACAAUUUAAUUUUUGUGCUAGAAAGUUUUAUUAAAUCAGCUAUUUGAUGUUACUUUUACUUGAAAGUUCUAUUCAUGUCACAGGUUUUAUGUAUCGAAUGUUUGCUAUAUAAAGAUUUUUUCCAAGGACCCAAAAUUAAUUAAAUUUAUUGAAAGAUUAAUGAAGAAAUUGCAAUUAAAUACUUUGUCCAUGAGAUAUUAACUUAAUUUAGAGCUGGGAUACAUAAGGCAGUAGGCCACCAAGCUACAGUGUUCGAUGUGCUAAGAUAUCAACAAAAACCCUCAGGCCAUAACGCGAAUUUUAAAGAUUCAAAUGACAGUAAAUAGUUCACAUGACAACACGCCUACUAUAAGUGAAAACGAGGAAAAUGAGAAUAUGGCAAUAGUUACGCAAACCGAUGAAGAUGCCAAAAUGAAAAUUUUUCCGCAGGUAUUAAACCAGCAAUAUUAAGAAAAUCCUAAGGAAAGGAAAGUUAUAUAGAAAGAUUAAGAAUAGUCUAUGAAACAGAUGAAAAUAAAAUAUUCGUGGUACUAUAAUGAAUAGAAUAUUCCAUCCGAAUAAUUAAACAUCCUCUCGCUAGUGUUAUAAUUACACGAGAGACUUCAGGAAAUAUUCAGUCGUUCCGCCAAACCCCCCUUUAAGGGGGAGGAUUCAACUGGCUUGAGAUUGACUCACUUGUAAUGGUGCUGACAAGAAGUUAACAUGACGAAUCCUGUGCCUAUAUGCCUGGGGCAUACGAGUCUCGAAUUAUGAAUAAGCAGAUCUGCUUUAGUUGGGCAAGAAUAAUUUAUCAUGGAUAUAAUAAUAAUAAUUAAUUGAUUAAUUUAAAUAAUAAUAAUUGAUCAUGGAUAAACUAAACAUUGUUUUGAUAAACUUUAAUCAUAUUUAGAGCUAUGAAAAGCACAAAUAAGUACUGAUUCCGCUCCAUUGUUAAAAGGAUUGACAUUACCUCCUGAAAAGAAAUCGACAAUGGGACAAUUAUUGGGUAUGAUAAAUUAACUCUUGCAAAAUCUCCACACAUUGCAAAGGAAAGGGGUGGAGAGUUACGCAGACUAUAGCCCAGAGUUUAACUCAGCUUUACAAUUAUACAAGAUGAUGGACAAGAAGUUAACAUGACGAAUCGUGUGCCUUUAUACCUAGGGCAUACGAGUAUCGAAUUAUGAAUAAGCAGUUCUGUUAUAAUUGGGCAAGAAUAAUUGAUCAUGGAUACUUAAGCGACUUAAAUACCAAAGAGAUCUUUCAGAGUAGUGGUAAACACCCAGUAUAGCGAAGAACUAAUACCAGAGGAUAUAAUUGGGCACGAAUUAUAGAUCAUAAAUAUUUAAAGGGUAAAAUUCGCCGGAACUUGAUGCUGACUUAAAAGUUAAAGUUAUAGGGGUAAUCUGUCACUUACACUGCAAUGUUCAUUUUCAUAUGCUGCAAGCAAUUGAUUCAGGUUUUAUUAGUAUCGACAAUGGAGUUAUGAAUAUUUGUUUCACACUGUUUAGAGCUAUGAAAGGCACAAAUAAGUACUGAUUUCGCUCCAUUGUUAGAAGGAUUGACUUUUACUCCUGAAAAAAAUCGACAAUGGGACAGUCAUUAGGUAUGAUAAAUCAACUCUUGCAAAACCUCCACACAUUGCAAGGGGAAAGGGUUGAAAGCUACGCAGACUAUAGUCCAGAAUUUAACUCAGCACUGCAAUUAUACAAGAUGAUGGAUAAAAAGUCAACAUGACGAAUCGUGUACCUUUAUACCUCGGGCAUACGAGUGUCGAAUUAUGAAUAAGCAGUUCUGCUUUAGUUGGGCAAGAAUCAUUGAUCAUGGAUAAACUAAACAUUGUUUUGAUAAACUUUAAUCAUGUUUAGAGCUAUGAAAAGCAAACAAGUACUGAUUCCGCUUCAUUGUUAGAGGGAUUGACAUUUCCUCCUAAGAAGAAAUCGACAAUAGGACAGUUAUUAGGUAUGAUAAAUCAACUCUUGCAAAAUCUCCACAGAUUGCAAGGAAACGGGUGGAAAGGUACGCAGAUUAUAGUCCAGAAUUUAACACAGCUCUUUAAUUAUACUAGAUGAUGGACAAGAUGUUAACAUGACGAAUCGUGUACCUUUAUACCUGGGGCAUACGAGUGUCGAAUUAUGAAUAAGCAGUUCUGCUUAUUAUGGUACGGUCACAGCUCGGCUGCCUGCCUGCCUGCCUGCAGGUCGUCAUGGCAAUACAUAAGAGUAAGAGAGUCAGACAAUUUAAAUUAUUCGUCUCCUCUCUCUUACUCUCGUGGCGGCUGCCUGCGCAGGCAGGCAGGCAGCCGAGGUGUGACCGUGCCAUUAGCAGUUGAAUAGAAUAUAAUUAACGUUGGCCCAUACUGGCGUUGCGCCUGUAUAUUUGGCCAUGACCUGGUGUGUGAAUGAGGUUUAACAGUAAGAGAGAUGAAAUAGAAAGAGGCGGUAAAUUUGAAAGUAGUAGUGAAUUUGAAAGUAGUAGUUGAUAAAGUAGAAGAGACUUUCUUUUAAUAAUAGAAAUAAAGAGAUGAGGAGGGAAACCAGAGGGAAGUUUGCCGAAGGAUGGGACCGCAGCUCCAGACUACUCAAUCCAUCCGGAGGGUAGAAAUUUGAGAUAAUUCAUACGAUCGUCAAAGUAUCUUCUGAGAAUAAACAAACACCUUUGUUGAUAGCAACGGGAUUGUUCUGCUUUUUAGGCAUAACUCACUUGUUAUUAAAAAUCAUCGAACGUCAUGACUCUGCCAUUGAUAAGAGCAUCGAGCAGUGUCUGGUCCUACCUGGAUCAGAUAACUCCUCAACUACAAGACUUCAACGAUGUGCAGCUAGGCCAAGCAUCAAUAUCAAUAAUCGAACAAAUCGAGAAGAAGAAGAAAGAUCCAUCGGGCACCAAGCUAGAUGUAGACUUAGAGAACUUCUCAGGCAGUGCGCAAGAAAUGGAAGGAGUUUUGAGACUUCUGGCAAGAGGGAAAAAAUCUGAAGCCAGAGUUGCCCUGAAUUCCUUUUACAAUCGACAGCUGGAGACAGACGAGAGAGGAACUCCCCAACCAUCUUACAGCGCAGCUCCCCAACAAGACCUGAGCAAAGGUCCCCCCAUCCAGACCGCUCCGGCAACAACAACUCCAGUGGCUCAUCAUUCAACUCAAUUAGAGAUGAAGGUAGUGGGACGCAAAGAACGGCUCAAUCAUCUGAGAGCACUAUUUGGUCUCUUGUCAGGGCUCUCGAAAGAGGUGAAAGAUUUGUUGAUUUGCGAAAUGUUGACAGUGUCAGAGCACUUCGGACCAGAGAGCGAAAUGGGGACGGAUACUCGAAUGGCUUUCCUGAAAGAUGUUGAGAAUUUGAACAUUCUGAAGGAAUCAGAAUAUGUAACUUUACAAGGCUGCAUAUUUGAUUUGUCUUCAAUAGAAAUUAUGGGAGUGUGCACCAUGUUCGAAACUUCAGCUUCAAGUAGAGUAGUUGCUUCUGAUCACUAUUCUUGUAAUGAGAUAGUGUUGAAACAGACAUGGAACAUGAUUGGAUUGUCUAAAUGUAAAGAAACCUUCGCAACUGAUUUGUAUUCUUCUUAUGAACCUGUUAGCAGAGAUUAUUUCAUUAAUGACAUGGCAGCUUGGAAGAAACUAGUAGAGUACAUGGGAUUUAGUCCAGGAAGAACUCUUCAAUUGUUCACCGAUGCCAGAAUUAAAUACAUUUCAUCAGGUCAUAGAGAAGAAGAGGUGAUCAUAAAGUAUUCAGCUAAUGAUGAAGAAAAAGAAGUGAGAUUAACCAAUCAUGAAACUCUAAAGAAAGAUGUCGCCCUCUUGACGUUGAUAAUGGUAACUAGAGGAGCUGUAUGGAGUAAAAUUCGAGAGAGGAGUUCAGAUGACUUCAAGAAAGUUUUGGAUUGGUUGCAAGUGAAAUACAACAUUCACACAAAGAAGAGGUCAUCCAAAGAUGAGCCUCUUGGGCCCAAUAUAAUUACUCUACCUAGAAUAUCAGUAGUUUUUGCUCCUGUUGUGGUGACCCACAUGUUAAAUGGCAAUGGAAGGAUUAUCUAUUCUGCUGAUCGACUGAAUUAUCCUGAUAAUAUUGUCAGGAAAUUUGUCACUGCUCCAAUGUCAUCUGGAUUGUUACCAGUCUUGAAAACAGGAGGAAAAGCUUUCAACAUCAAUGCCACUUACCUCUUGUGUGCUAUAUUAAUGGAUAAUACCAUUAACACUAGAAAGACCAUGACAUCGCUUAAAAACUUGUGGCAAUACUUCACUGCAAGUGUUCAGAGUGAUUUUGUAACCCAGGAUUACAGAAAUCAUUUCUUGUCAAAGAAAAAGAUUCUAGAUGAUAAUCUAGAACCAUGCGCUGAACUACUGAGUCUUUACAAAAUGCAAACGGAGCAUGAGGACAAAAUCAAAGAGUUGAGAUCAAAUGAUCCUGACCUUGAGGAUGUAAUUGAUUUAGUUCGUCGCUUCAACAUGUAACCUAUCACUGUCAACAACACUCAAAACACUUAAACACAAACACAAACACUACAUUACACUAAACACAAUUCCACACAUCAAAAAGAAUUCGUCAAUAAUACAACUUAAUAAGCAGUUGAACUGCAGUUCUGCUUUAGUUAGGCAAGAAUCAUUGAUCAUGGAUACUUAAGCGACUUAAAUACCAAAGAGAUCUUCCAGAGUAGUGGUAAACACCCAGUAUAGCGAAGAACUAAUACCUGAGGAUAUAAUUGGGCACGAAUUAUAGAUCAUGGAUAUUUAAAGGGAUUGACAUCCUAAACAGCAUCUAUUUCAUCUUUAGGGAUGAAAUUUUUAGGGCGCUAGGAGGGCCAAAUUCUCCGGAACUUGAUGCUAACUUAAAAUAUAAAGUUAUAGGGGCAAUCUGUCAAUUACAAUGCAAUGUUCAUUAUCAUAUGCUGAAAGCAGUUGAUUCAGGUUUAUCCACAAUUAAAUCGCAGUUGUGAACAUUUGUUUCACAUUGUUUAGAGCUAUGAAAGGCACAAAUAAGUACUGAUUUCGCUCCAUUGUUAGAAGAAUUGACUUUUACUCCUGAAAAGAAAUCUACAAUGGGACACUCAUUAGGUACGAUAAAUCAACUUUUGCAAAAUCUCCACAUUGCAAGGGAACGGGUCGAAAGCUACGUAGACUAUAGCCCAGAGUUUCACUCAGCUCUGCAAUUAUACAAGAUAAUGGACAAGAAGUUAACAUUACGAAUCGUGUUCCUUUAUACCUGAAGCAUACGAGUCUCGAAUUAUGAAUAACCAGUUCUGCUAUAGUUGGGCAAGAAUAAUUGAUCAUGGAUACUUAGAAGGAGUUUACACCGAGUGGUAUAAAUUUAUACUCGCGCUAGUAUAAGCGGAUAUACCUCCACGAGAAUAUACACGCGCUUGCGCAAACACGUAGUCAAGGCAAAGUCUUUCACUACACAGCUGCAGGCAAACAUUAUGCGCAGGCGCGAAUCUAUUCUCCUGAAUGAAUAUCUGUUUAUGCGCGCACGAGUAUAAAUAUAUGCCUCUCCGUGUAAACUCCUUGUUAAGCGAUUUAAAUCCUAAAGAAAUUCAGGUUUUAUCAGUAUCAACAAUGGAAUCGCAGUUAUGAACAUUUGUUUCACACUGUUUAGAGCAAUGAAAGGCACAAAUAAGUACUGAUUCUGCUCCAUUGUUAGAAGGAUUGACUUUUACGCCUGAAAAGAAAUCGACAAUGGGACAGUCAUUAGGUUUGAUAAAUCAACUCUUGCGAAAUCUCCACAUUGCAACGGAACGGGUCGAAAGCUACGCAGACUAUAGCCCAGAGUUUCACUCAGCUCUGCAAUUAUACAAGAUAAUGGACAAGAAGUUAACAUGACGAAUCGUGUGCCUAUAUGCCUGGGGCAUACGAGUGUCGAAUUAUGAAUAAACAGUUCUGCUAUAGUUGGGCAAGAAUAAUUGAUCAUGGAUACUUAAGCGACUUAAAUACCAAAGAGAUCUUCCAGAGUAGUGGUAAACACCCAGUAUAGCAAAGAACUAUACGGAAGGAUAUAAUUGGGCACGAAUUAUAGAUCAUGGAUAUUUAAAGGGAUUGACAUCCUAAACAGCAUCUAUUUCAUCUUUAGGGAUGAAAGUUUUUAGGGCGUUAGAAGGGAAAAAUUCUCUGGAACUUGAUGCUGACCUAAAAGCUAAAGUUAUAGGGUUAAUCUGUCACUUACACUGCAAUGUUCAUUAUCAUAUGCUGAAAGCAGUUGAUUCAGGUUUUAUCAGUAUCCACAAUGGAAUCGCAGUAAUGAACAUUUGUUUCACACUGUUUAAAGCAAUGAAAGGCACAAAUAAGUACUGAUUCUGCUCCAUUGUUAGAAGGAUUGACUUUUACGCCUGAAAAGAAAUCGACAAUGGGACAGUCAUUAGGUUUGAUAAAUCAACUCUUGCGAAAUCUCCACAUUGCAACGGAACGGGUCGAAAGCUACGCAGACUAUAGCCCAGAGUUUCACUCAGCUCUGCAAUUAUACAAGAUAAUGGACAAGAAGUUAACAUGACGAAUCGUGUGCCUAUAUGCCUGGGGCAUACGAGUGUCGAAUUAUGAAUAAGCAGUUCUGCUUUAGUUGGGCAAGAAUCAUUGAUCAUGGAUAAACUAAACAUUGUUUUGAUAAACUUUAAUCAUGUUUAGAGCUAUGAAAGGCACAAAUUAGUACUGAUUCCGCUCCAUUGUUAGAAGGAUUGACAUUUCCUCCUAAGAAGAAAUCGACAAUAGGACAGUUAUUAGGUAUGAUAAAUCAACUCUUGCAAAAUCUCCACACAUUGCAAGGAAACGGGUGGAAAGGUACGCAGAUUAUAGUCCAGAAUUUAACACAGCUCUUUAAUUAUACUAGAUGAUGGACAAGAUGUUAACAUGACGAAUCGUGUGCCUAUAUGCCUGGGGCAUACGAGUGUCGAAUUAUGAAUAAACAGUUCUGCUAUAGUUGGGCAAGAAUAAUUGAUCAUGGAUACUUAAGCGACUUAAAUACCAAAGAGAUCUUCCAGAGUAGUGGUAAACACCCAGUAUAGCAAAGAACUAUACGGAAGGAUAUAAUUGGGCACGAAUUAUAGAUCAUGGAUAUUUAAAGGGAUGGACAUCCUAAACAGCAUCUAUUUCAUCUUUAGGGAUGAAAGUUUUUAGGGCGUUAGAAGGGAAAAAUUCUCUGUAACUUGAUGCUGACCUAAAAGCUAAAGUUAUAGGGUUAAUCUGUCACUUACACUGCAAUGUUCAUUAUCAUAUGCUGAAAGCAGUUGAUUCAGGUUUUAUCAGUAUCCACAAUGGAAUCGCAGUUAUGAACAUCUGUUUCACACUGUUUAGAGCUAUGAAAGGCACAAAUUAGUACUGAUUCCGCUCUAUUGUUAGAAGGAUUGACUUUUACUCCUGAAAAGAAAUCGACAAUGGGACAGUCAUUAGGUAUGAUAAAUCAACUCUUGCAAUAUCUCCACACAUUGCAAGGGAACGGGUUGAAAGCUACGUAGACUACAGUCCAGAGUUUAACUCAGCUCUACAAUUAUACAAGAUGAUGGACAUAAACAAUGUUAAUCAAGCAGUUAACGAUUUAAUGAAUGAACAUGCUGUUGUGGCUGGGGAAAUCCUUUCCGAGGUCAUGGCGGUGCACCAAAAACCUGGCUCUUGCGGCGUUGAUGCCACUGAUGAUGAGAGCGAUGGCCAAAUAAUUUUUUUAUUAUUAUUAGUAAUAAUAUAACCCAGCCAGAUUUUACUUCUAAAGAAGUAAUCUUACUAAUAAAAUAACCUGGGCUUAACCUCUUCACUGGCAGGCUACUUGUAACGCCCUGACGGUGAAGGGGUUAGUAAGUCGACGUUACACUUGCGGACUUUUUAUAUGUCAUUUAUCUUCUCUAUUCAAUUAAUUCGAUCACUGUUAACUUGAACCCAAGCUCUGCCAAAUGAACACAAUAUUAAUAAUUUUCAUAUUGUUCUUUCUGAUCUGUACAAGUUUCCGAAAGCACAGAAAAGUAUCUUUGCCGCAAGAUGGCCAAAAUGAAACGAAAUCACUAUUUUAAUGUUGUUACUCUUAUUUUCAUUUCUCUUCAUAAACCUCCAAAAACUUAUCUUAAAGCACAAAAAUCAUGACAAUUUUUUUCUGUAUUUUCAAACCAGAAAGUUUCAAAAAUACAAAGAAAAAUUCAUAAAAACUAAUCGAGUUCUAAUUUUAAAACGCCAUAUUUCUCUCUUUUAUAAAUAUCAGAUAAGAUUACGCGAUUAUCAGACAUUUCUUCUUUUAUUGAUAAUUUAAUUUCUUUUGCUUAUUUUCGUCUUAUUUAUAACAAUGUCUGCAAUAUACUUAAUAACGAUGCUAACUUAUCAAGUAAUUAGCCUAUCUUACAUACUUGGAAGAAAUUAAAAUUGAAUCAUUGAUGAGAAUUAAAUUAAAUUAUAUUUCAGUGGCGCAGAACCGUAAGAAAAGAAGAAGUUUCUUUCAAAUUUACUUCGUUUCUAAGUUUUAUCACCUUCAAAUUUUUUUCUAUUUUUAAAAA